UGUAUAUCGUCAAGUCGUGGUGUGGUCGAGUUGAUCUUUUCCAUUUACUGUGGAAACCCUUUUGUCGAAGUUGAUAGAAUUUAAGAAAGCGCGCGACUUGAUGAGCUUAUCGCUCUUCUUUGAAGAAUCUUCAUCUUAAUUGUUUUUGGUUUUCCUAUUCCAGAAUGACUGAGAGUACAAAUGAUGAAUCAUUAUUGGCUCGCAUCCAACAACUGGAACAGGAGCGUGAUGAAUUACGGAAAGAUAUUGAGCAGUUAUGCAUGCAGCAAGCUGGGCCUGGCUAUCUUGCUGUGGCUACCCGAAUGCAUUUUCAAAGGACAGCUGGAUUGGAGCAGGAGAUUGAGAGCUUGAAAAAGAAGUUGGCUGCUUGCACAAGAGACAAUCUAAAUCUACAAGAGGAGCUUUCUGAGGCUUACAGAAUUAAAAGUCAACUAGCAGAUCUACACAGUGCCGAGGUUUCAAAGAAUAUGGCGGCUGAGAAGCAGGUUAAAUUUUUCCAGGGUUGUGUGGCUGCUGCUUUUGUAGAAAGAGAUCAAGCGAUAAUUGAGGCUGAAAAGGCCAAAGAAAAUGAGGAGACAAUGUCGCAACAAAUAAAUGGUAUUCAUAAGAGGGUAGAGGAGCUCACCUCAGAUUGUCUUAAACUAAAGGAAUUUAAUGAUGCUCUGCAGAUUGAUCAAGAACUGCAUAUGCAGCAAAAUGAAAAUUUCAAGAAGGUAAUAAACAAGUUCUUUCAGAUUAGGCAAUAUUCUCUGAAAGAAUUUGAAGAUACAAGUUGGGAUGAGAAAUGUGCAUGUCUUUUGUGUGACCCUGAGAAGGCAUGGAGUUUCAAUGAUUCUUCCACCUCUAAAUACAUUAGUGCAUUAGAAGAACAGCUGGAGAGACUGAGGAAUUCCGUGGAUUAUCUUCAAAAUAAACUAAGGGUGGGCUUGGAAAUUGAAAAUCAUUUGAGGAAGAGAGUCAAUGUCCUGGAAAGGAAAUAUAUUUCUAUGGACAAAGUGAUUGAGAAUGCAAUAGCAGACCUAAAGCAUCAUCAUUCUAAGUGCAGAUAUCAUAUUAUCAAUUUGCUUAGUGAUGGAGAAUCUAGUAUGAAAUCAAUAAUCAAUGUGAUUGAUGAAAGAAUCAGGAGGUUUGAUCAGAGUACUGUACCAAAUUUGACCCCUCAAAGAGAUGCAGAACUAGAAGAGCAUGAAUGUCGGGAUGUGCAUAUAAGCUCUCAGGCUAAACCUGUCUCAGAGCCCAAGAGGGAUAGUUCAAGCUCACUGUUAGCAGAUGCUGGUGGAAAAAGUGGUGCAUCUGAUGCUUUAGCAAUGGCUUUGCAAGAGAAGGUUGCUGCAUUAUUGCUUUUAUCACAGCAGGAAGAAAGACAUCUAUUGGAGAGAAAUGUGAAUUCAGCCCUUCAAAGAAAAACUGAAGAACUUCAGAGGAACUUGUCACAGGUCACUAAUGAAAAGGUGAAAGCUCUCAUGGAAUUGGCACAACUAAAGCAGGAACACCAGUUACUUCUGGAAAAAUUGGGUCAUGAGACUAAACAAGGAAAAGUUGUGGUUGACACCGGAGAAAGAAAGCUUGUUACUCGUGAAAGGGAUGGAACUUUGAAAAACUUACUGAAGAAAUCGUAUUUGAGACGAUGGAUUGGCCCAUUGGAUGUUAUUAGCCAAAAUGAAGUUGACAGUAGUCCCAAUAUUGAAGGGAAACUCUUCAAUCAGAGAUCCAACAGUAUGGAUUUUGCAAGAAUGAAGAUUGAAAAUGCAACUCUUAAGGAAAGCAUGGAAAGCAUGGAGCAUUUAACUUCAUCAAUUCAUAGGCUUCGUCUCUCUCUUUUCAAGGCUAAGGAGUCAUUGACUUCUGAAGAUAUAGUUUCCGGUGUUUCAGAAAUUCUUAAUGACAUUCUUAAUGAGGCAAAACUUUUAAGGACUGCUCUUGGCAGCUCCUUACCCAUCAGUUGGUCAGAUGAGGCAGAUGUUGGUCACGUUGGAGAUAGUGUGGGCAGUGACACGGGGCAUCAGGAAUGCAUUGAUGAGAAGAUGGAUACUGUUUCUGCUGCAGGGCUCGAAAUGGUUGAGCUUUUGAUUUUUUCGGCCCAGAUAUUGAGCUACUUGCAAACCAAAAUGAUUCCUGCUGUGGAAGUUCUAUGAACUUUUCCUUGUGUGACAUUAUGGUUACGGAUGUGGUAUUCCUUAUAAUAUGGCAUCUUUGGUGCUUUGUAUUUAUAGCUGCUCAUUCAGGGCUUGCUGGGUCAUGAUGUAAAAUUCAAAUGGAGGGGGAGAGAGAGCUUGAUAGAAAUUGUUGAGGGGAAGAAAUGAUAUCAUGUGCCAUACGACCAUAUUGCUGUACCUGGAUGUUGUGUUAGUUUAUAGCCCUCAUCGCUGAAGUUGAGUAGCUUGAGCCCGCAGCUUUAAUAUGCUCUUCUUGCUUGCCUGAGAUCAGUCGUGUGUCAAUUGUUUUGUUGUCACUAUUUGAUUAUUUAACUAUGGUAUCUAUUUUUAUAUAUUCAUUCUAUUAUUUUCGUGUUAUGUUAAUCUGUAAUAUUUUUAAGAUUGUAAUUUAUUAACGAAUCACAUAUUUUGGUUUUUGAUUUUAGGAUUUUUUUUAAAGAUCUUUCAAUAAAAUUUU